AUCUUCUAUGUCAAUGGCGCACGGCACGAGGUCCCAGACGCCGACCCGACCAUGACGUUGCUCGAGUAUCUCCGCUCCGUCGGGUUGUCAGGCACCAAGAUGGGCUGCGGCGAGGGUGGCUGCGGCGCAUGCACGGUGAUGGUGUCCGCGUGCGAUCCGGCCACGGGCCACCUGAAGCACGAGUCGGUCAACGCGUGCCUGAUGCCUCUCUGCUCAGCAGACUGGACGGCAAUCACGACCGUCGAGGGGAUCGGCGGCUCGGAGGACGGAGAUCUGCACCCGGUGCAGGAGCGCCUGGCCAAGAUGCACGGCAGCCAGUGCGGCUUUUGCACGCCGGGGAUUGUCAUGUCUCUCUACUCUGCGUUGCGAGCGUCGCCGAAACUCGCCAUGGAAGAAGUUGCGGAUCACCUUGAUGGCAACCUCUGCCGCUGCACUGGGUAUCGUCCGAUCCUCGACGCCGCCAAGUCCCUUUGCGCCGACGCGCCGUGCGGUGGCGGCGGGCCUUGCUGCGCCAGUGGCAGCGGCGACGGCAGCGGCGGCGGCGGCGGCAACGGCUGCGGCGGAGGCAACGGCUGCGCCAAUGGCAAUGGCUGCGAACAUCCUGCCGACCCCAGCGGCCGCCUUCUGGUGGACGGGGACGUGGCGAUGCCGAGUGAGCUGUCGGCCGCGCCGUCGCCGCUCUGGAUCGCCUCCCCGCGCGCCACCUGGUGGCGGCCGGCCUCUUUGGACGAGCUGCUCGCGCUCAAGGCGGCACACCCGCAGAGCAGGGUCGUCGCCGGCAACACGGAGCUGGGCAUCGAGGCGCGGUACAAGAGCCGGCAGUGCGCGACCCUCCUCUCGCCGCGCCUGGUCGCCGAGCUGUACGCUGUCGCCGAGGCGGAGGGCGCUGUAUCUCGGGCUACAUCUCAUCUCGGCGAUAUCUCGGCCGCUCUCUGCGCCCGCCGCGGCGAGGCGCUGCCCGGCUGCGCGGGCGAGGCGGCACGCGCCAUCGCCUGCAUGCUCCGCUGGUUCGCAUCGACGCAGAUCCGCAACGUCGCGUGCCUCGGCGGCACCCUCCACUGUUGCAACCUCGUCACCGCGUCUCCCAUCUCGGACAUGGUCCCGCUGCUAGUGGCUUGCGGCGCCUCCGUCACCCUCGUCUCCUCCGCCCGCGGCAAGCGCGCCGUGCCGCUCUCGGCCUUCCUCCUCGGCUACCGGAAGGUCGACUUGCGCGAGGACGAGUUGCUACUCUCGGUGCACGUGCCGCGCGCCGAGGGGCUCGAUUCACAUCCGCGGCCCUGCCAGCAGGCGCGGCGCCGCGAGGACGACAUCUCCAUCGUGACCGCCGGGCUGCGCGUCCGCCUGCAGCCGGCCGGCGGCGUGUACAUGGUGGCGGACACGUGCUUCGCGUUCGGCGGCCUCGCGCCGACCGUGGUGGUGGCGCGCAAGGCGGCGGCGGCGCUGGUUGGCCGGCCGUGGGAUGCGCAGAGCGUCGAGGAGGCGUGCGCGGCUGUCGUCGACGAGCUGCGCGUCGGCGCGUCUGCGCCGGGCGGGCAGCCAGAGUACCGGACCGCGCUCGCCGCAUCGGCCGUCUUCAAGACUUUCGUCGCCACCUCCAUCGCGCUUGGCGCCCCGGAGUACCGCUCUGCAGGCGAUGCUCCGGCGCCGCCGGUGGUCGACGCGGCGGAGAGGUCGGCAGCUCGCUCCUGGCUGCUCGAGCCAAAGCCGUCGUCGCUUCCGCACCUGGCGGGCGCGAGGCACACCAGCGGCUCGGCCGAGUACACCGACGACGCGCCGCUGCCGCCGGGGGGGCUGCACGCGGCUCUCGUGACCGCGCAGCAGGCGCCCGCGACGAUCGAGUCCGCCGCCGCAUCGGCCGGUGUCGUCCGGAUUCUGACGGCGGCCGACGUGCCUGCGGCGGGCAGCAACGCGAUGGGGCCGAUCAAGCAGGACGAGCUCCUGUUCGCGGAGGGCUCGACAGACCACGUCGGCCAGGUGAUCGCGGUCGUCGUCGCGCGCUCUUGCGAGGAGGCGCGCCUCGCCAGCGGCCUAUCAGUAAUCAUGUUGAUUGUUCUUGAUGGGGCACUGCUCCUUGUGCACCCCGACGGAGGAGGGAGGGCUGCACAUCCUGGCCUCGACGCAGGCGCGCGAGAUCUCCUGAGAUCUCCCGAGACCACCCAAGAUCACGCGAGAUCACGCGAGAUCACCCGAGAUCACCCCGAGAUCACCCCGAGAUUCCACGAAAGGUUGCGCGUUCUGGCUUCGGCGCAGGCGCUCGAGAACCUGCAGAAGAGCGUCGCCAAGGCGUGUGGUCUGCCGCUCAACAAGGUCGUCGCCAAGGUGAAGCGGCUGGGCGGCGGCUUUGGCGGCAAGGAGACGCGGGUCGCCUUUGCGCACUGCGCGUGCGCCAGGCGGCCCGUCCGCCUCUCGCUGCGCCGCGACCUCGACAUGCUCGCCAGCGGCGGCCGCCACCCGUACCUGGCCACGUACAAGGCGGCAGCACGCGUCGACCCGGAGACGGAGGAGCCGAAGCUUGCCGCGCUCGACGUGCAGUUCUACAGCAAUGGCGGCGCGUCGCUAGACGUCUCCUCGGCGGUGAUGGACCGCUCUCUCACGCACCUCGACAACUGCUACUUCUGGCCCAGCUACCGCGCGAGGGGCGUGGUGUGCCGGACACACAUGCCGUCCAACACGGCAUUCCGCGGCUUCGGCUCGCCACAGGCUAUGCUGGUUUGCGAGCACAUCCUCGAGCACCUCGCGAGCGCGAUGGGCGUCAGCGCAGACCGCCUGCGCGCUGCUAACUUGUACGCGGUGGGCGACGAGAUGCCGUUCGGCCAGACGCUCGCAGAGGACGAGUGGCGGGUGCCGCGCGCGAUGGCGACGCUCCGUAAGGACGCGGACGUCGACGCUCGCGCGGCUGCGGUGGCGGGCUUCAACGCGCAGAAUCGGUGGAGGAAGCGAGGCCUCGCGUUCGUGCCGACGAAGUAUGGCAUCAACUUCUACGCGCGCUUCAUGAACCAGGGCGGCGCGCUCAUGUCGUAUCAUGCUGUACUAUGCAUAGGCGGCGCGCUCGUGCACGUCUACACAGACGGCACGGUGCUCAUCUCGCACGGCGGCUGCGAGAUGGGGCAGGGCCUGCACACAAAGGUGUGCCAGGUGGCGGCGCGCGCCUUCGGAAUACCGCUCUCGGCGUGCCACGUCGCCGACACGGCGACGGACAAGGUGGCGAACUCCAUCACCAGCGCCGGCUCGCUCUCGACGGACCUGUACGGCAUGGCGACCCUCGACGCGUGCCGGCAGAUCCUGCGGCGCCUCAAGCCGCUCCGCGAGGCGGUUGGCGCCAAGGCCAGCCUCGCCGAGCUCGCCACCGCCGCGUACUUCUCGCGCAUCGACCUCAGCGCACACGGCUACUUCGCGCUGGACGAGCGCCGGUGCGGCUUCGACUUUCGGGCGCCGCCCGGCGUCAAGCCGGACGGCACGCCCGACCAGGCGGCGCGGGGCCUCUGCCACAACUACUUCACGCAGGGCGUCGGCUGCGUCGAGGUUGAGAUCGACGUGCUCACCGGCGACCACGAGGUGCGGCGCGCCGACCUGCUCGUCGACGUCGGCUCGUCCAUCAACCCCGCGCUCGACAUCGGGCAGGUCGAGGGCGGCUUCACCCAGGGCAUGGGCUGGACGACCACCGAGGAGCUCCUCUGGGGCGACGACACGCACGGACAUUCUUGUUUAACCAUCAACCCAUACAUCAUAGGCGGGCUCCACUCGCGCGGGCCCGGCACGUACAAGCUGCCGAGCUUCAACGAUACGCCGCGCGAGCUGCACGUGCGCCUCAUGUCGGGCGUCGACAACAAGGUCGCCGUCCACUCGUCCAAGGCGGUGGGCGAGCCCCCCUUCUUCCUCGGCGCGGUCACCUUCCUCGCGAUCCGCAACGCGGCCCGC